CACAGGCUCCAAAACCACCACCAGACCCCAACCACACCUCAUCGUCUAACGCUCAAGCUGAGUGAAGGGGUAUUUUCAGAGAGCAACUAUAGAAUGUGACUUCCUUUUCAACUAACAUACAGUAAAAAUUAAAUAGAACAGCAGCCCUCAAAAGUAAGUCUCUUGUCUUUCUUCUCUCUAUCUUCUCUGUGUGUUUUGGUUAGUCAACUGCUAGCUAUCAGUGCCAGUGAUAAGAACAUACAGCCAGAGAAAACAGUCAACGCCUUACAGAGAUGUCUGCUGGUCCCUUCUUCUCCAAACACGGAAUACUACUUCUUCUAGGCUCCAUCUUCCAAUAUGGUGUAGGUGCUCCUCUGAUCAUCAAUAAGAGAGUGGGGGACUCCGUGGAGCUGCUGGCAGGCUUAGAGACAGAACAUAUAAAAUCCUUGGAGUGGAAGUAUAUGGGAAAGGAUAUUGCAGAAUUCAACUCAGAUGUUGUAUAUUCACCUGGAUCCCAGUUUGAGGGGAGACUAAAGAUGAACACCAAAAACUACAGUUUAACAGUCAGAGAACUGACACUGCAAGACUCAGGGGAUUUUCUACUUACAGGCGAAGGGGACAAAGGUCAGAUUGACAGUAAGACCAUCACUCUGAAGGUCCACGAGCCUAUAUCCAAGGUGGCGAUCCAGACAGACAUCAAGCUCUUGGCCAACCACUCCUGUACGGUGCUGCUGGUGUGCAACGUGUCCUCCUACCACAACAUUACCUUCACCUGGGAGAUAGACAAUGAGAUCUACGGGGAUGGCCAGCAGAUUCACUUCUCUCUCUCACCAGCAGAGAGAGACAUCAGUGUACAGUGCAACGCCUCCAACCUAGUCAGUUGGAAAACUGCCUCUGCGACAGUAAAGUGUAGAAAUGACACAAACACCCCAGGACUGGCGUGGUAUACCAUGUACAUCGGAAUAUCAGUAGGAGGCGCUGUGGUGCUGAUCCUCACUGUAGCUGUGGCGGUGUGGUAUUGCAGGGGCCGAAGUAACACAGAAGAUCAAACUGAUAACGCAAUAUAUGCUGAUAUUAUGGACAACACAAGAAGUAGAGAUACCAGAUCAAUCAGUCAUGUAAACCCAAUAUCCAUCUAUGAAACUGUCAAUGAUCUGGUGUCCCAAGACUGAACAAGCCGCAGACUCUGUAUGACAAGAUUACAUUUGGACUUCCAGAAGGCCCCCAAUCUCCCUACCAGGAAGUACUGUGAGCUGAACAGGAUGUGGUCAUAGGUUGGGCCUUCCAUAGAUAUGUAACCCUCUGCAUCCUCUGCAACUUACACGUGUAUAUUCUGUAGAUAGGCCUAGAUGUUACUGUUAAAUUUCAUCACAACCUACACUAUUUGCUUCUUUUUCCUUCUCCCUUUGAUGAUUCUCAUAUAUACAGUAUAUCAUAAAGGCCUUAUAUGUUCCUUUGAAGGCCUAGAUACAAUUAGAAGAUUCGGAAAUGUGUAAUAGGCAGUAGAAGGCGUGGUGAUCAGACAAGCUCAUGUCGAAUUUCUAUUUUCUAGAUUAAAGACAAUUGUUUUAGAUACUAGUAGGACAUUGAUUAGUGAGGUUGAUAUAUGCCUGUGUACUCUUUUGCGUUAUUAUUAUGUGCUCGCCAGGCAUCAAUGAGGUUGUAAUCAGAGAGUAUAUGCUCUAGAGCCUUGGUUGCAUGUUGAUUGUAGAUGGCCUUAUUUGAUUUGUCAGCAUUUCCAAAAUGGCAUUCAUGUCUGUCCCAAUUACCAGAUGUAAUUCAGUUCAUUCUAAAAACAAAUAUGCUGUUCAGAGAAAAACAAAUAAUUAUACCUUAUUUGCAUGCCUUGCGGGCCUUGCAUUUAGAGUGAAUUGUAAUUAACUCUCGACUGUAUUUGUUAGCGACAGAAGCAUUACUGUUGUAUUGAAUGGUUUUCAGUACUGUAGCCUUCACCAAGUGAUUGUCUAAGUGGAUAUGGUAUCUUUAAAAUUAAACUCAUUAUGACAACACAUUAUGACAACACAACACCCAGAGGGCCUAGUGACACCCUAACACACUGGUCUGAAGCUCCUGGUUUAGUCAAAUUAUGUCGGCUUGCAAAGGGAUGUGUCAUUUGAAUCCAGCCAAAGUUAUGAUAUCCAACCAUUUAAACUUUCAGUCACACGCAACCUGCAUUCAGAAUGACUGUUGGGGUAGGGAAGAUUGAUUUUGAGAAUUUCUAAAUCAUAUAAACUGGAACAAACAUAUCAGUAAUGGGUGAAAUAAGUCCAACUACUAACAGAUUGGAUUAGUUUAGAAACAUCUAUGUUAUCUAUGUUUGUGUAGCAUAAGAUUAAUCAACCAGUCAUAGUACAUGCAAAUACACAGGUAUUGAAAUAAAACAUUCUGAAAAUCAACCUGUGAAGAGAUAAUGCUGGAAUAUUGAUAAUGUGAGCGGACCAAGUAAUUGGGCGUCACUCUAAAGCGGGAAGGUGGAAUAAACGAGU